AAGAAGAAGAAGAAGAAGAAGAAGAAGAAGAAGAAGAAGAGCAGACGUUACUCCUCUGAAAAAUUCAUGGCAGGAUUCAGUUUCUCUCAGGUGUCAAAAAAGCAGCGCGAGGCAUGAACAUGUUUGUGUCCAAAUGUCCCCGACGUCCCUGUGACAUGUUCCAGCGCGACACUGAAGCAGUGUGGAGAGUUCCUCACUCAGAGCAAAGCAAACAUCAUUGUUUUAUUUCCUCUGGACUGUUGGGAGUGGUAGCAGCAAACAAUACAACCACUCGUUAAACGGCUUUGGAUUUGGAGGUCCAAAGACAUUUGGUGUCUGGGACGCUCCGCAGAACCUUUGGUGGAUCUUUGAUCGCGACAAAGAACCCAACAAUGUCAGCGACAAAGACUCAGCCGCCGCUGUGUGGCCGAGUCCGAGCUCCCUCCCCCCGCUGCUCCGUGAGCCGCUACCCGCGGAUGACUGUCAUCCGCCGGCGGAAGAAACAGCUACACGGCUCCUGCCUGGCUCCUGAGUGCGGAGCUUUGGGCGUCAUGGCGGAGUGAGGCGGUACGGAGGUCCCGGGACUGCAGCAGCAUCUGUGGUGAUGGUGCUGGACUCAGGUGAAGUCGCCAUGGAUCGGGUCGAGGGCGAACACAUCGGCAGCUGCAGAGACCCGUUGGAGCCGGAUGUCAGAGCAGAUCCACUCAAACCCACCAGCCCUUCUGCAACAACCAGAACACCGUCCAAGAAGAGCAAUGCAGCGAAGAAAGAGAAGGUGUCCCACAACGGGCUCCCAGCCCAGACCCACCACAGUCCAGUGGAGAAGAGGGCAUCGUUAAAAGUUGGCGCCACACCCAGACCCCCGCUUCGCCGUCCCCUCAGCCUGGAGAUGACCCCCAGGAGCCUGCGAGGGUCUCAGGAGCAGAUGGCGGACAGGCGGCCUCCUUGGCGCAGCGGCUCUGCUGCUCCCUCACCUCCAGCUCGCAGCCUGACCAGCCCCAGUCUGGGUGCAGGUGGAUGGAUGCGGCGCAGUGAGAGCACCUGCUCGGUAAACUACUCCCUGGGGCUCCGGGCAAGCAAGGGGCAAAUGCGACCUGCCACCUCGCUCCCGCACAUCGCUAAAGGGACGGGGGCUACGUCGCAGCCCGCACCCGUCAGGUCCUGCCUGCUCGUCGCCCUGAGGCCUCUGAACCUGGAGCAGGAGAAGCAGGCUUUCUUCCAGUCGGAUUUCAAGUACGAGCCCCAGUUUGAGUACACUCAACCUGAGCCGAGGUCUGUGCUGGAGAAGUACCGCGAGGGCUCAGGCCUGUUCCUCGAGCAGGCGGUUGGAAUCAUGGAGUGCGUCCUGAGGAAGUUUGGCUCUUAUGAGAACUUUGAGGUGGUGACCGGUGGAAACGUGCUCUCUAAAAGUCAGAUCUGGGCUGCGGUUCGCAAAUAUCUGCAGAAAGAAGGCUGCGUGGGAGAGGUCGUCGUGCGUCUGUCUGAUGAGCUGCUGUCUCAGGCAGUGAUGGUGGUGGAGAGCUGUCGUCCCACUCUGACCAUUAACUUGGCUGGAGCUCGGCAGCACUGGCUGGAGGGGAUGCUGAGGCAUGAGAUAGGGACACAUUACCUGCGAGGUGUCAACAACAGUCUGCAGCCGUGGGCCAGCGCAGACGGCAGGAAGCAGUUUGGCCUCAAACCGGCCAACCCUACAGAGGAAGGCCUGGCCAGCCUGCACAGCGUCCUGCUGAGGAAGCAGCCGUAUCUGUGGCGAGCAGCUCUGCUCUACUACACCGUCUACCACGCUGCCAGCAUGAGCUUCAGCCAGCUCUUCAGUCACAUCGCACGCUUCGUCCAGAACCCCGACGUCCGCUGGGAGUACUGUCUGAGAGCCAAGAGAGGACAGACGGACACGUCGCAGCCCGGCUGCUUCAGUAAAGAUCAGGUUUACCUGGACGGAAUCCUGCAACUUCUCCGCCAUCGAAGGUCCAUCGACUUCAAGAUAUUAACGUCUUUAGGAAAAAUCAGAGGUAAAGGAGCUUCCUGAGCAGCUGCUGCCCCCUGCAGGGCAGACUCAGUAGUGACCACAGUUACUGACCAGGUGAGGGGAUUUUCAUUCAGUCAGAACAUGUUGGUGAUGGUGAUGGUGUGUUAACCCACGGAUCUAUCACAGUAUCAACAAUAUUAUUCUCACACAGUCGAGGUAUGUUUCUACUUUAUUGACGAUGUCGUGUUUUAAACAGCAUUAAAUCAAAAGAAGAAAUAAUAAUAACAAAGGAAUCAAACCUGAAGCCAAAUCAUUAUGAGGUUUGGGAAACACUGAUGGACAUUUUCUGACAAUUCCUGGACCAAAAAGAAUUGAUGACUCAAGAAAACAUCAGCAAAUUUAUUGAUUAUGAAAAUAAAAGUUAUUUGCACCCUUCAUUAAAAUAUACUUUCAUAAAUGACAUGUGACCGCACAAGUGCUAGCGUGGAUGCGAUUAUAGAUGGUUGUUGGUACGAUUGUCUGUUUCAAAUGUUUCCUGAUGACGUCAUGUUACGAUGUGUUCGUGGACUGUCCGUCCUUGUUUUGACGAGAGUUUAGUUUACGGUGCGUUCCCGUGUAUCGGAAGUCAAACCUGGGAGUGACGUCACAUGUCGCGCACAAACGAGAUUCAACGUGGAACAAAUUAGACGGAAGUGAUAUUUAGCCGAUAUCCUUUAAAAAUGGGAUUUUCAUUGUCUGAGUUACAACUCAUUGAUUGUUUUAAAGGAAACGACUCCUAUUUAUUGUCCUGAAACGUAAGGAUUCAAGCAAAUUGCUCCAUGCUUAAACGAUCUAACUAUUAAACUCUUUCAGAACAGCAGAGGAAGACGGUCUCGAUACAUUUGCGUCCACGAGUUUAACCGCCCUCUUCGUCGCACACAGGUGUCGUACAAGGACGUGGCGAGGCUGCGUCCUCUGGCGACGCACUCCAGGACCAGAAUCCCGCACUUCAUGCGAGACCCAGAACGGUACCUGCAGCACCUGGACCACAUCGUCGCGGUGAACGAAUUGGACGACUCGACGCUGCGGCGCCUGCUGCCGUGGCCGCCUGAACCCGAGAGGACGGAGGCGGAGGACGCCGGCACGCCGUCGACGCCAUGUGUGACGUAAAGAAAAAAGCAAAACAAAACCACUCGGUGAUACGAAGUUUGCUCCGAGCAGCGAUUUCUGUAAAACUUGAACAACACGAACAAAAAGGGACAUAAACACAAACACCUCUUAGCUUCACUGUUGUCUAAUGCAUGUCACAGAGGCCCCUCCCACUAUACAGUUACCUCAACACUGCUACGCUAACAUGUACCCGACGUUAUAGCUGUAGACUAGUAUUUCACACACAUAUUUAAACGUGUUCACAAAGCUUUAUUUAUGUACUUUUGUUGUUUUUUUACUUCAGACUGAAUGUCACUGGUUUUAGCUUUAUACCUUUUAUUUCAUUUUUUUUUACAUCGUAGAUUAUUUGCAUUAUAAAAAAAGGACACCAAGGACACACAUAAAAAAAAAGAGAAUGAAAACGGGAAGAAACAACUCAGGCCUGAAUCUGUAAAAAAAAAAACAAAGUCAAGUGCCACUGGACUCGGUCACAUAUUCCCGUUUAAAUCGGAUCAUCAGCCGUUUCUGUCUGAAAGGUGUCCUUGGUGUCUUUGGAUCAGUUUGCUACUGUGAUCAUGUGACGUGUCCCCGACCUCCCACCUCCGUCCUAGUAAACCCAACUCUUUUUUUGUUUUGCACCGUUUCAGGAACAGUUAAGCAUUUUGGGAAGGCUGCGAUUGUAAAAUUCGUAAGACGAGGUUUGAGCCGCACUGUUAUCUUAGACAAAAAAGGGCCAGAAGAACUCACUCAUUUAACAAUUUGUGUGAAAAGAAAUCCAGACGGCCUGAUGGGGGUUAAGAGCACUUUUUAUCGCAAUGUGCAAUCAUAUCAUAUAUUGUCCCAGCCGAUGAAGGCAGCAAUGACGUCGUCAUUGAGGAAGAGGAAACGACCGUCUGACUGAGGGGCCACACACACACGAGUACAUGAGUGGCUGAAAAACACAGCGUGGACCGGAAAUGGCAGCAUACAAUGGACAGGUGGAUGUUUACAGUGGCGUCAUAACAAUAAUGUACUGUAGGGGGAGAAAAAAAAAAAAAAGUUCUACUUUCAGCUCCAGCAAAGAAAAUGGAGUCGCUUAUUUCCCAAAAAUGUCUGACUGUUCCUUUAACCUGGCGCUGAAGUGCCAGAGUGGCAUCUAUUUUUUGUUGUUUGGUUUUUUGACACAGGAGGAGGAGGAGGAGGAGGCGGGGCUGUUGUUGUGCGUGCCUUCAAAUUAAUAGAGCAUUAUCAGCUGUAGCUCGCCAUGUGUUUGUAUGCUGCUUUUUACCGCGGUUGACCUUUAACCUUCAGAUUUCUAAAGUGAUUGUGGGCCUCGUCGUCGAGGACGUGGUGGGCUUUAUAAGAACCACAGUCCCGAGUUUUUAACCCGAGCACUUAAAACAAAAUGUGAACACUUGUGUGAUACAACGAUCUGAAGGUUAUCACAUCAUAUACACACACACACACAACUUAGCACUGGGUUUAGAGAAAUCCGUGAAGUUUUUAUCCACAUGGAAUGGUGUGUUGAUCUGUUUCCGUGUGGAUAAGGCAAUAAAGAUCCACUUUCUUAUAAGUUAGCUUGAAUGUGAAAAAGAUUCUCAGAACUCUUGCUUGUCUGUCACGUCCCACCUUGUUUUCAGUGUCACUACUCUGUCAAGUGGUCGAGGUCUCCAGUUAAAGGGAAUAAACCCAAAACAAACCAUGAUUGUUGAAAAUAUCUCAUGGUAAGUAAAUUAUGAGCUUAAACAAGUACGACACGAGGUUCUCUUUUACUCUAGUAACUGGGCUUCCAUAUGCAAGACAGAUGGGGUCCACGAGAGCAACAUGGUUCAUGUUAAACGAUCAAUUUUGCCAUUUUACCAAUCAGUAGCAGAUUUUAAACUAGGGCUGCAAGAAUUUUCGAUAACUUAAUUAAUCCUAAUUAUUUUUAAAACAAGCUCUCAGAUUUUUCAGCUUCUUAAAUGUGAAUCAUUCUAAGACAUCUGAGAUGAUCAUCGGAACCAAACUACUAAUUGAUCGAGAAAAUACUUGAUGAAAAUUGUUAGUUGUAGCCCUAUUUAAAACCCAUUUUCUCUGAAAACGCAGUCCUGUUUAAACCGUGUGUGCGACAGGCCAUCGUUCAUCCCAGACUCGCCAAAACAAAAACGAAUGCACCAACAGUGUUUGAUACGCACGAAUGUUGCACAAGUGUUUUAUGUUCUGGAAAACACCUUCAAUUCUCUGGUUUAUUUAUUAAAUUGUGCACAAAGUAAA